CCGCUAGAGGGAUUGAGAUCGAACACAAGAAAGAAGAAAAGUAUGCCGGUUAGAAGGUAGAAAGCGCUGUUUAGUUCGGCCGUUUCUUGGCUUGAAUAAACGUGGUGGCAGUGAAGUUAGAGAGAUGCGCCUGAUCCCUAUACUUGUUUAUGUCAGCUAGCACUUAUCAUGACUGAUAAAACUAAGUUACCCACUACGGCCGUCAGUACCAUAGCCGUUCAGUCGGGCAAUACCAGAAUUGUCACCGCACUUUUACAGAGUAAAAAUACCUUUCAACUGAAAAUACACGAAUUGCAGCCAUGUAUGACAGAAGUAGGAAGUUGCCUAGAAGAAUCUUCCAGUUUAUUAAACCAACACAAAGACGUAAUGGAAAAAAUUCGGAAACAACAAAGCCCGGUUGAAGAACUGUUGCGCCAAGUGGACGGAGCCGUAGUGACUCAGAAAUCGAAGGCUGUUGUGUACGAUUGUAUGGCCAAUAAUCUCAGUCAAGCUUGGAAAAAUGUAAAUGAACAACUAGAGAAACGCUUAAAAUUAUUGGAACUGGCCGUAUCAUAUUACUCGAAAGCUAAAGAGUUUACAGAGCAUUUGAAUAAAAUUCAGUCUGAUCUCAUCGAUGAUACUUUACCUGCCGAUUCUAAUAUGUGCCAUAUUCAAUUACAGCAUUUACAGUAUAUCAGAAAAGGUAUUCUAGAAUCAUCACUUCAUACAUUAAAUGCUGGCCAUAUUUUGCUGGAAGAAUUGCAUCAAGUAGGAGAAGAUAAUUUGGGUGAUGCUCGACCAAAUCAUGUUUAUCCUGCCGUCCAACAAGCCACGAGCAUAAUUGAAAAACACAUGGAAUUAUUGCAUGAUCAGAAAUACAGGAUAGAUAUAUUCUGGAAUAAAAGAAAACUGAUUCUUGAACAGUGCUUAGAAAUAUUCACUGUGUCAAGUGAAUUGGAACAGAUACAUAAUUUACUAAUAGAAAAAGUUCAGAACAGUAAAUUUAAUAAUGAAUUGGGUGAUUCAGUUACCACUGUGGAAAGACUCCAGAAGAAGCACAGUCAGUUAGAAAAUGAAAUUAAGAUACCUAAGAAAACUAAAACAAAUUAA